UCCAGCAGAGAGCCAUCAAUAAAUUAUUUCCAGACGGAGGCUGGGGCUCGGACGGCCUGUAACGACACCAUAGAUCCAGUCUGGUAGACAUGUAUCCGACUAGAAUAUGACCUGAAGUGCAUGGCUCAUUUUAAAGAGCGCAGAGACCAUGAAGAAGGGGAUUGUAAUGGGUACUGAAAAUCUGCCGUUAGAGGGAAAACUGUAGGAAAAACAACUCGUUGCCACUAACCGCAGGAUGAUGAUGAUGAUGAUGAUGAUGGAAACCCAACAGCUGACUGUGUGUAACACUGAUGCCUGAACGUUGGGAGACUGAAGGCGGAUUCACAUCUCACCAGGAAAACAUCUUAACGGCGCCGACCUUUACUUGAGGUAUAUUUAGAGAUGUGGGCUAAUUCAGAACACCAAGCUGGAAAAACACAUCGAUCAGAGAUGGAAUGCCGGGACUCAGAAACCCAAUCCAGCUUUCUCCACCUUGCUAAGAAAGAGACUGAAGUGUUUCCUGGGCAGCAGUUGUGGGUGGUAAAAGAAGAGGUUCGCAGUAACUGGAGAUCUAGUUUGGACCCGUUUGACUCAAAACCGCCCCACAUGAAGGAAGAAGAGAAGCCUGCUGUGAAAAGUGAAAAAGAAGAAAAACCAAAGUUUUCAGAUUGUAGCUGCAUGAAAACUGAAGACAGGAGACGAGAACCUCUGACGCCCAACUUGGUCAAACAGAUGGAAGCAGAACCUGAUGAAGAGGGCUGUGGAAGACCAGAACCAGGCCCAAGACCCAGUUCAGUUGUCCCAGUCCAGCAAGUGUUGGGGAUGAAACAAGAGGUUCCCCACAACAUGAGCUCCUGUUUGAACCAGAAAGACCCAGAGCCCUCCCACAUAAAGGAGGAAGAUGAUGACCUGUGGGUCGGUGAGGAGAGAGAUCAACUUAUUGUGAAGAUUGUAGAUGAUGAGAAAAUUGGUUCGUUAUCAGAACUUCACUACGUCAAAUCUGAGAGCAGAGAGACAGACACUCCAAACAAGAUCUCAGCUGUACAGAUAAAACAAGAACCUGAUGGAGACUGUGAAAGUCCAAAACCAAGCAGGCCCCGUCGCUCCGCUACUUAUCUGCAGUCAAAGAAUAAUGAAAAUGCAUCACAUUCUUCUGAUACUGAAAACAGUGGGGAGGACAACAUCUCUGUGACGCAUCAAUCAGUUGACAAGCCUACCAUCUCUUCAGGUGAGAAGAAGCGAUCUAGAAAAAAGAAAAAUGCUGACACUCCACUGGGAGCCAAAGCUGAAAAGAAAUCGUAUGCUUGUGAAGACUGUGGUAAAACAUUUCCAUAUCAGUGUCAUCUCAAGUCUCAUAGGAGACUCCACACUGGAGAGAAACCAUUUGCUUGUGCAGACUGUGGUAAAACUUUUUACCAACAAUAUCAACUUAAUUGUCACAUGACAGUCCACACAGGGGAGAAACCAUUUGCUUGUGAUUUUUGUGGUAAAACAUUUCCUUAUCAGUGUCAUCUCAAAUCUCACUUGAGAUUGCAUACUGGAGAGAGACCAUAUGCUUGUGGUAAUUGUGGUAAAGCAUUUACAGAGCUGAAGGAUCUGAAAAGGCACAUGAGAUGCCACACAGGAGAGAAACCUUUUCAAUGUGAGGUGUGCUAUAAAAAGUUUAGCUUAAAGGGGGCUCUGAAGCGACACAUGAUGAUUCAUAAUGGAGAAAAACCAUUUGCAUGCACUGAUUGUGACAGACACUUCAGAUUUAAUGCUGAUCUUCAAGCACACAUGUUAACCCAUUUAGGAGUAAAACCAUUUGCCUGCGCUUAUUGUAAUGCAAAAUUUACUCGAAAAGGAAGUCUGCUUCUGCAUGUUAGACACCACACUGGCGAGAAUCUACUUACCUGUGAAGUCUGUGAGGAGAAAUUUGUCCGAAAAUGUGAUCUUGACAACCAUAUGCCAGUUCACUCAAGAGCACAGAAGGUUCCAUCUGGAAAUGAGAAUUUUGUCUGUGAUGAAUGCGGGAAAAAAUUUGUUGAGAAGUCACGCCUAACGAGACACAUGAUCACCCACACAGGAGAGAAACCAUUUAGUUGUGAUGUUUGUAGUGUGAAGUUUUCACGACAAGAACAUGUGAAAAGGCACAAAAUGACACGCCACAGUAUAAUAAGAACACGUGAAGAGACACAAAGUUACACAGGAACGCAUGAAGACAGACAACAUUGCAUGAGAAUGCAUGAAGAGACACAAAACGACACAGGAAUGCAUGAAGAGACACAAAACGACACAGGAAUGCAUGAAGAGACACAAAACGACACAGGAAUGCAUGAAGAGACACAAAACGACACGCCACAAUACAUGAACAUAUAAAAAGACACAAUGACAGGAACAUAAACACCUCAAAACACUCAACAUGAGAUAAGAGGAUAUGAAGAGACAUAUAUAUAUGGUUUGACCAUGAGACUGUCAAACCACAGUUUCAUGGUUUCAGAUAGACAUGGUGAUCAUUUGUUGUAUCUCUUUCAUUAAGACUUUAAUGGUGGAUUCAAACAUUUAGAGGAACACAUUUUUUUCUGUGUGAGGAUGAAUGGUGGCCAGACAAAAAUCUGCUCUUUGAUGGUCUACAGUAGGGGUGCCUAAGUCCAUUCCUCGAGAUCCACUAUCCUGCAACUCGGUUGUCUCCCCUCUCCACUACACUUAAUUCAAAUGGAUCGUUGCAUCUUUUGUCUCUGCUGAGGAAUGGUAACAAAUCAUUCAUGUUAUUCAGGUGUGUUGGACGAGGGAUGCAUCUUAAGGUUGCAGGAUAGUAGAUCUGGAGGACUCGACUUGGGCACACCUUAUCUACAGGGUAAGUUCUUUUUCGUCUGACAGUCUGCUUUUUUUUUUUAGUGCAACAACACUUUAGUUUCUCAGUAAAGACUGAAUUGUGUUGUUGAUAUUUCUAUCGAUAUCUCUAAACUCUUAUGUAAAUAGACUUGGCUUAAUUUUAUUUUGAGAUCUUUGAAGAAUAAUCUGUUGUCUGUCCUCAAAAGAUGAAAGUUUAAACCCAAACUAACUUCUUUCUUAAAUGCUGAAUUUGGCUGGUAAUUUAUUGGUAUUAUGUUUUAUACAGUAUUUAUUUAACUUUAUUUUUUCUUGUUGGUGGAUUUAGCAGUCUUUUGUGUAACAAAGUAUAAAGCUGAACUAACUUUUAUUUCAUCAAGACUGAACUUUGUUGGUACUACUCUAAUUACUAUCAUUGUUUACUGCUAUCUUUAUAGUCAAAUUUAGUUUGACAUUUAUUUUUAGUCAGAAGAUUUAGCCUAUAUUUGCUCUGUAACAUGAUGAUAUAAAGGUACACUAAGUUUUCCCUGACAGGGAAACAUUGUCAUUAUUUUGCGAAAUCUUUGUAAGCAUGUUUAGUUUACGAUGUUUUGUUUGAAGACUGAGCUUAUAUCUGUUCUGUAGCAGGUAAGUAUAAACCCCAAUUGACCUCAACUAAGAUUUUUUUAAAGUCUUUAACCUGUUGACUUUUAAAAAGUCUUUUUAGUUCAUAGAAGACGGGGUGCUUGUGGGUUCUGUAGUUAGAAAGUCCUUUUAGAUGAACAUUUCACUAAACUCGAAUGCCACUGAUGUGCCUUAGGUUUUGUUUCUGCACAACUUUUGUUUAAUUUUAACAAUCAUUUUAUCCAAUAAGCUCUGUAUUUUUAUUUAUUUAUUUUUUUUUUGUGGAUCUGGUUUUCCUCCCUCGUUUCAGCCUAUGACACCAGACUGAAAUGAACACAUGACCAAACUGCUAUCUGACCAAGCAGUGCUGCAGAAAUCUGUUCUCUGUGUAAGCAUAUUAAACCUUUAAAAGAACAAUCUGCUGUGAUCAUUCUUGUGUAUACUUAAAGAAUUUGGUGAAGUGUCUGAACCCACAUAUUCACAAAGAAAACAAACUGUAGAAUUUCUAUGUAUUUGCGUCACUUUUUACUGCAGUUUUUUUUAAUCGACCUUUGGGUUAUGUCGUUGACCUUUCACAUUUACAGACAAAAACUACCCCAUCCAAUCUGAAAAUUACAUGAAGGUCAGUCAAACUGGAUCAGCAGCGUGUGUUGACCAUUCUAGUUUAAGAAAAGUAAAUAUAUACAGUAUAAAACGAUACAUUUCAAAACCUGCUACAGAUCUACAUCUCUGUGUAGUCAAUGGUUCAUGAUAUUUUAGAACUAUAAUGUCAAUAUUUUAUUUAAAAGAUACAAAUUUUAGUAAAAUCAAAAUAUCUGAAACCUAUAACUGACUUGAACCAAGGCAAAAUCUUGACAUCCUCAAUCAGACGUUCAAGGUCAGAUUUAUGGGGUUUUCCCCUCAUCUGAAUGGUGUGACAGUGAGUGAGAAAUAUCUGUGGAGUUGCUGAUGUUUAUGCUGCAGUAAGAAUAGACCAUCUGAACAAUGUAGUACAAAAAACUGCACAGCACACAGUAAACAUGUAUAUUUAUAUGUAUUGUAUAUAAAUGUUUAUAUGUAUAAAGAUGCUCAAUGGGAUAUGAUUCCAAAUAUUCCACUUUGACAU